AACGUUACCAGCUUGGCGUGCAGGUUUCCUUAGAGACGGAGCUGGGCCUGGGCGGCGGCAGAGACACUACGACGAGAGGGGGCCUUUGGAGAAGCCGAGAUGCCGUCGAAGGGAAAGGGCAAAAGGAAAGACAAGAGCAAAGGCAAAGACAACCAGAAGAACACAAUAAAAACUGAUGAAUCUGCAGUGGAGAGAGCCAAGGCCAAUGCUCUCCUUUGGGAGGGCAGGCUGGAAGUCACAGAACUUUCUAGGAUUGAGUAUCGUGAUGUUUCCCGGAGACUUGCAGAAACUAAUGAGGACUUAAAGAAACAGCAGUAUAAAAUGGAGAAAGACACAAUGUCUGUAUUAAACUACCUGAAGAAGCAGGAUCAGGAGAAAGAUAAUAUGAUUGAAAAACUGAAACAGCAAUUGAAUGAAACAAAGGAAAAAGCCCAAGAGGAGAAAGAAAAAUUGGAACAAAAGUAUGCUGUGCAAAUAAAUGAGCUGGAGGAACAGUUUCAUAAGAAAGCCAGAGAAAUUGGCAUGAUUCAGACAGAGCUGAAAACAAUAAAACAAUUCCAAAAGAGAAAAAUCCAAGUGGAGCAAGAAUUAGAUGAUCUGAAGGAGAAUUUAAGGAACACAGAGCGGAAACAUAAGGAGACUCUUAGAAGAUUGGAAGGCAGAUUUUUUGAAGAAAAGCACCGACUAGAAAAAGAGGCUGAAAAGAAGAUAAUAAUGCUGGCCGAGAGAGCCCACCAUGAAGCUGUUGUGCAGUUGAACAACGCUGGAAGAGCUGUUUUUAAAGAGAAUGUUUAUCUCCAGAAAGCUCUCGCGUACCACCUGAAGGAAGCUGAUGCUCUACAGAAAAACUCCAAGAAGCUGCAAGAGACGCAGACUUUACUUUUACAUCAAAAGGAGAUCAAUGAUCUGUUGGUUAAGGAGAAGAUCAUGCAGCUUACCCAGCAGAGAUCACAAAUCCAAACUCUUCAGAAGAAAGUGGUAAGCUUGGAGACUGCCCUGAGUUGUAUGACCAGAGAGUUUGAGACUGAAGUUUUAAAACUGCAGCAACAGGCAAUGGUAGAUAACCCAAGUCAGGUUGAAAUUUACAAGCUGCAGCACCUUCUUCAGAUGAAGGACAGGGAAAUGAAUCGUGUGAAGAAGCUGGCCAAGAAUAUACUGGACGAGAGAACAGAAGUGGAAAGUUUCUUUUUAGAUGCUCUACACCAAGUGAAGCAACAGAUCCUGUUUAGCAGGAAGCAUUAUAAGAAGGUAGCACAAGCUGCUUUCAAUCUUAAAAUGCGAGAGGCAUAUGCAGGAAGAACAGAAUAUCCCAAAAUUCGAACAUUUGAUGGCAGAGAACACAGCACCAAUACUGUGAAUCAGGAUCUUGUGGAGGCCGAGAAAUGGACAGAUAUUCAAGGAAAUGUGGAUAUUGGAGAUUUGACCUGGGAGCAGAAGGAGAAAGUCUUACGAUUGCUCUUUGCAAAAAUGAAUGGUUUUGUUCCUAGAAAAUAUAGCCAGAGUUCUUGGCCUCCAGUUCCAGACUAUGUUGUUCCAGACAACGGAGAAACAAAGGAAUUUGGGGAUGAAAGUAAGCUUCAAGAGCAAACCUUCAUCACCCAACAAGUACCGAUCUCAGACGCUUCUGGUGAACUGAUGGUAUCCAAUAUUCAGAAAGGAUCACAAGAGUCUGACAAGGGGACCUACUGAUAAGCACUGCUGAGCAACAUAUGACCCCACAGAAGCAACUGCCUGGCCUUUCCUUGUAGAAUCCUUGUUCCUGAAUAUGUUCAAGAAAAUUUCUUAGAGGAAAAUAAUGUUUUUUAAAACUUUAA